AUGCUCCCUAUUAGUCAAGCCACGCUGGUUGGCCUGGGACUAUCCGCCUCGGUGCUAGGUGCUAUUCUACCCACCGUCCAAAACGAUGCCAACCACUGUAUGGUUGGACACACAACUUGCAAUGACGACUACGUCUACCACUGCGAUUCUAACAACAAAUGGGUGGUCAAGGAAAAGUGUGUGCAUCCGUCGUGGUGCAAUGCUGAGGCUGAUGGUACCGUUGGAUGUGUAUCGGACACCGGAUUGAAGCGUAACGCCCCGGUGGACUCAUCUGUUCGCACUUUGACUCCCACUCCUACCAGUGGAUACUCGCCCUCUCAUAUCAACUGUAGGGAGGCUGAAUUGCGCUGUAACGGGCUCUGGGAGGAGAUUUGCGACGGGUUUGGCGUGUGGCAGAGGUGGCGGAAAUGCUCUGAGUGCUUCAACCAAGGUGAAGGCAAAGCCGACUGCAUCCCUGAGACUACCCUUCCAACGCCUGAGCCCACGCCAACCUUUUGCAAGAAGGACCAGCUCCGAUGUAAUGGAAAGUGGGAGGAGAUAUGCGACGAUGACGCCGAGUGGCACCGCUUAAUGAAGUGCGAAGACUGUAGUGAAGACGAAGGCGGCGCCAUAGAUUGUGUGCCGUAUGUGGAUAUGCCACCCGAGCCGACUCAUCCAGCUCAAUGCGUAGAAGGUACUCUGCGCUGCGAGGGUAAUUGGCUUGAUCUCUGCAAUGCGGAUCUCUCGUGGCAGCGUAUACAACAGUGCCUCGAAUGCGUUACUGACACUGACGGCCAGCCCUUCUGCGAUAACGGGUCAGUGCCUACCAGCAGCAGCAGCAGCAGCAGCAGCAGCACCAGCGCACCUGAAACCACGCCGACAACUUCAUCGACUCCGGAUACGUCAGCUCCAACUACUACAUCAGUUCCAACUACUACACUAGUUCCAACUACCACAUCAGCUCCAGCAACACCAACUCCGGGAAUUGUGCUAGGCAUACCUGUCAUGUCAACACCGGCUCCACAUUCAUCUGUUCGUAUGGCUGAGGACAACCCGUGCUUCGGCGGUGAAGUGCGCUGCAACGGAGACCGUGUCGAGGCGUGCGACGCGGAGCACGUGUGGCAGGACUUUGGACCCUGCCCUAGCUGCAAGCAGCUUUACAACACCCGCGACUGCGAGCCAGGUUGGCAGCAGUGUGCCCAUGGCAGCACAACCGUCGAGGCCUGCACCUAUGACGGCAGAUGGGCUACUGUUGAAGCAUGCUCGGCGGAGGAGAUGUGCCUAGGGAUGUUUGAGGGGAUGGCAUUCUGUCUUGCGAAGGAUAUUGCUGAAUCCGAAAUGGCCAAGUAUAACUAGGUCUACUCGAUAUUGGCUCGAAUCAUGAAUUCGGACUGCGGAUUAAGGCGGGAGGAAGUUAAUGAAUAAUAGUUAUUAUUCAUUUAAUAGUUAGCAGUAGUAGUGGUAGUAGUAAUAUCGUAUUAUUAAUGCGUAUUCAUACUCAUUAUCUCCUCAUCCCCUUACGAACCAGGCUGGUAUGAAAAUCAUCACCGUGGUGAAAGCUUCGCAUUAUCUUAGUGGGCUGUAGCUUGAGGACGAUAGACUACCUAUAUAUAUCAGCCCAGACGCAU